CUUUGAUUGCCUUCUCACUCUCCCAUGGUAGUAUCUUCCCGCAUUCGAGCGUUCUCUAUGCCUAGGGUAAGGGAGGCUUACGCUCGAUCUCCUGUUCUUGCUAACUCUGCGACGUCUUUUGUCUGCUAUGCUCUCAGUGACAUUAUAGCUCAACGUGCUGAUGCGAAUAAUGACGAGAAAAUCGACGGUGUGAGACUGCUUUCUGUCAGUCUCUGUGGGCCGAUCCUCGGUGGUGUUUGCCUCACCAAGCUCUACAAGAAUCUUGAUCGAUUUCUCGGUUCUGGUCACAGUCUCAAGGUGGCAGCGCGAAAGAUACUCUUCAUGCAAAUCGUCUACAUGCCCUUUUCUGUCUCCACCUUCAUUUUCCUGUCAUCGUCGCUAAACGCGUUUCUCAAGGGCGAGAGGCUCACUGUUGCUUGUGGCGAGGCUUCGGCCGUCACCAACUUGCGGUGGAGGGAAGCGUACUGGACGUCGUGGUUCAUAUGGUCCGUCUCUGAUGCCUUCAACUUCACACUCGUGCAAAGGCAUAUGCCAGCUGCUCGGCCCACAUGGGACGCGGUUGUCAUGGUCGCUUGGAAUGCCUAUUUGAGCUGGCGUGCAAUCGGUGGUCACUCUAUCACUGUAGUUUUAUUUCCUGUUCGCAUGGCGAAUGUAUAAUA